CCUCCACGUGAUGUCGCGGCGCGUCUUGAUCGCGCUAUGAUUCUUGGAGACCACUGACUCCAGGAAUUGGUCAGACAGACCCAACAGCUCCAUCCACAACAAUCACGACCAAUUCAAUUGAUUAGGCCGUUGCCGUCAUCACAAUGGUGCGGCAGUCAUCUCGGAAGGCAGCACAGGCUAAAACAACGGUGGCCGAGUCUCGAACGCGUGCGGAAAAGGAAGAAGUGAAGGAAGCGGCCGAGGUUUCGGCUACGUCGAUCAAAGUGAACGGCAUAGAGAAGGAGGUGGUCGCCGAAUCGAAAGUCGCAGUGAUUAAGAAGAGCAACAUUUCAAAGCGCAAGGCCGCACCCGCCGAGCUGGACAAUAACGACGAGGAACCCGCCGAAGACAACGACGAAGCGGGAGACCAGCUUCAAGGAACCAAGAAGCCGGCGCCCAAGAAACGCAAAACCGCGAAGAAAGAGACCGACGACAGUAUGCCGCUGGCGGCUCGGACGGCGGUCGCCUCCCUCAAGCGGGCAAUGUACUUAGGCGCCCACGUCUCGGGCGCGGGCGGUAUCCAGAACGCAAUCCAGAACGCCACCGACAUUGGCGCCAACGCCUUCGCCCUCUUCCUCAAGUCGCAGCGCAAGUGGGCUAGCCCACCCCUGGCCGACGAGACCAAGGUCCAGUUCCACGCCAUGCUCAAGCAGCACGCCUACGAUUCGCGCAAGCACAUCCUCCCGCACGGCUCCUAUCUCGUCAACCUCGCCCAGAUCGACGACGCCAAGGCGACCCAAGCCUUCGACAGCUUCCUCGACGACCUGCAGCGGUGCGAGGCCUUGGGCAUCACGCUAUACAACUUUCACCCAGGCUCGACCGGCGGCGCCACCAUGGACUCGGCCUGUGCGCGGAUCGCAGCGCACCUCAACAAGGCGCACAAGGCCACCUCCUCGGUCGUGACCGUGCUCGAGAACAUGUGCGGCAGCGGAAACGUGGUCGGGUCCCGCUUCGAAGAGCUCCGCGACAUCAUUGCCCUGGUUGACGACAAGUCCCGCGUCGGGGUCUGCGUAGACACAUGCCACGCCUUCGCGGCGGGCUACGACCUGCGGACGCCCGAAGCGUUCGCCAAGACCAUGGCCGAGUUUGAUUCGGUCGUGGGGAUGAAGUACCUGCGGGCGUUCCACAUAAACGACAGCAAGGCACCCUUCGGCUCACAUCGGGACCUGCACGCCAACAUCGGCACGGGGUUCCUCGGUCUGAGGGCGUUCCACAACAUCAUGAACCAUGCACCGCUGCAGGGCUUGCCGAUGGUGCUGGAGACGCCCAUCGAGGAGAAGGGACCGGACGGAAAGACGGUGGAGAACAAGCAGAUCUGGGCGGAUGAGAUCAAGCUGCUCGAGAGUCUGAUUGGGAUGGAUGUGGAGAGCGCCGAGUUCAAGGAGAAAGAGCAGGAGCUGCAGGCCAAGGGGGCAGCUGAGAGGCAAAAGAUCCAGGAGCAGGUCGACAAGAAGGCUGAGAAAGACGCCAAGAAGGCGGCGAAGGGGAAGGGGAAGGCCAAAGGCAAGAGGAAGAAGAAGGAUGAAGAGUCGUGUGACUCGUGCGGUGAGAGCGAUUAGACGGGGGAGCAUUCCUGGCUCAUUAGGCACAAACGAACUGCCAUGCAUGACCAGUGUGUGUAUCAAACCAGGGUAAGGUCCUGGCGUAUUGUAGGAUACAAAUGUACAGCACCAGUAAAUCGGAUAGGUAGCUCUACUGGAUGGGGCAAAAACAAGCUGAUAGCCAGCACGACUCCAAGGAAAGAAGGUAAA